AUGGCCUUGUACGAGAUAGAGGGUAACCUUGGAAAAUCACAGAAUGACGGUUGUGCAAGGUUGCAGGGCCCCGGUUGCACUCGCCCCACCAGCUGUGGUCCAGUGGCCCAGCAGACCGCCUUUAUGAGCGCUGGACCAAAGCACGCGCAUAGAUAUUCCAGCCUCAUCAAGAGUUAUGCUCAUUCGAAAGUUUGGCAUAACUACAACAGAAAUUUCCGCCCACAUCAGAAGGGUCAGCUGUCAAUCACGUUGGGAUCCCACUGGAUUGAACCAAACAGAUCAGAAAAUACAAUGGAUAUACUCAAGUGCCAACAAUCCAUGGUUUCUGUGCUCGGGUGGUUUGCCAACCCUAUCCACGGGGAUGGCGACUAUCCAGAAGUGAUGAGAAAGCAGUUGCCCUCCAUUCUACCUCACUUCUCUGAAGCAGAGAAGAAUGAGGUGAGGGGCACAGCUGACUUCUUUGCCUUUUCCUUUGGACCCAACAACUUCAAGCCCCACAACACUAUGGCUAAACUGGGACAAAAUGUGUCACUCAAUUUAAGAGAUGCGCUAAACUGGAUUAAACUGGAAUACGGUAAUCCCCGAAUCUUGAUUACUGAGAAUGGCUGGUUCACGGACAGUCACGUAAAAACAGAGGACACCACAGCCAUCUACAUGAUGAAGAACUUCCUCAACCAGGUUCUUCAAGCAAUCAAGUUUGAUGAAAUCCAAGUGUUUGGUUACACAGCCUGGUCCCUCCUGGACGGCUUUGAAUGGCAGGAUGCUUACACCACUCGCCGAGGAUUAUUUUAUGUGGAUUUUAAUAGUAAACAAAAAGAAAGAAAGCCCAAGUCUUCAGCACAUUACUAUAAACAGAUCAUUCAAGAGAACGGUUUCGGUGUGAAAGAGUCCACACCGGAUGUACAGGGUCAGUUUCCCUGUGAUUUCUCCUGGGGUGUUACUGAAUCUGUCCUUAAGCCGGAGUCGGCGGCUUCCUCCCCGCAGUUCAGCGAUCCGCAUCUGUACGUGUGGAACGUGACGGGCAACAGACUGUUGCGCCGAGUGGACGGGGUGAGGCUGAAAACAAGACCAGCUCAGUGCACGGAUUUUGUCAGCAUCAAAAGACAGCUUGAGAUGUUAGCAAGAGUGAAAGUGACUCACUACAGGUUUGCUCUGGACUGGCCCUCCAUCCUUCCCACCGGCAACCUGUCCACGGCUAACCGACAGGCUCUGAGAUACUACAGGUGCGUGGUCAGCGAAGGGCUGAAGCUCAACAUCUCCUCGAUGGUCACGCUGUACUACCCGACUCACGCCCACCCAGGCCUCCCUGCGCCUCUGCUGCGCAGCGGAGGGUGGCUGAACCGCUCCACGGCCGAGGCCUUCCGGGACUACGCCGACCUGUGCUUCCGGGAGCUGGGGGACCUGGUGAAGCUCUGGAUCACCAUCAACGAGCCUAACCGGCUGAGUGACAUCUACGAGCAGUCCAGUAACGACACCUACUGGGCAGCCCACCACCUGCUGAUCGCCCACGCCCUGGCCUGGCACCGCUACGACCGGCAGUACAGGCCCGCGCAGCGCGGGGCCGUGUCGCUGUCUCUGCACUCGGACUGGGCCGAGCCCGCCAAUCCCUACGCGGCCUCGCACUGGAAGGCGGCCGAGCGCUUCCUGCAGUUCGAGAUCGCCUGGUUCGCAGAACCCCUCUUCAAGACGGGGGACUACCCGCUGGCCAUGAGAAAGCACAUCGCCCUCAAGAAUCGGCAAGGGCUCGCGCGCUCCGCGCUGCCUCAGUUCACGGAGGAGGAGAGGAGGCUGGUCAAGGGCACUGCGGACUUCUACGCCCUGAACCACUUCACCACCAGGUUCGUGAUGCACGAGCGCCAGAACGGCAGCACCUAUGACACGGACAGGGACGUCCAGUUUCUGCAGGACAUCACCUGCCUGAGCUCCCCCACUCGCCUGGCCGUGAUGCCCUGGGGAGAGCGCAGGGUGCUGCAGUGGAUCCGGAGGAACUAUGGAGACAUGGACGUUUACAUCACCGCCAGUGGCAUCGAUGACCAGUCCCUGGAAAAGGAUGAACUCCGAAAAUACUACUUAGAGAAAUACAUUCAGGAGGCUUUGAAAGCAUACCUGAUUGAUAAAAUAAAAAUCAAAGGCUAUUAUGUAUUCAAACUGACUGAAGAAAAAUCUAGACCCAGAUUUGGAUUCUUCACACCCGAUUUCAAAGCUAAAUCCUCAAUCCAGUUUUACAACAACCUGAUCAGCAACAAUGGCUUCCUUUCUGAGAACAGUAGCCCUAGAUGCAGUCAGGCUCAAAGAAACACGGAAUGUAUCGUCUGCUUACUUCUUGUGCAGAAGAAACCGCUGAUAUUCUUUGGAUGUUGUUUCUUCUCCACCCUGGUUCUACUGUUAUCAAUUACCAUUUUUCAUAAGCAAAAGAGAAGAAAAAUUUGGAAAGCAAAGAACUCACAGCACAUACCGUUAAAGAAAGGCCACAACAGAGUUCUUAGCUAAGCUGAUCUUAUUUCUGUCUGCAGGAUGGAAAAGUUUAAAAAUUCACUCCAGUUCCAUAUACUGGUACUUACAGAAGAUACACCUAUAUUGUAGAAAAAAAGACAACUUGAGGAUUUAGUGAUAGCCAAGGUAAUGACAAUCACGGUCUCCAUUGUGUGGUUCAAAUUUUCCCUUAAAAGGUGUUGACAUCACUGAAUUCAGUUCUUGGAUCUAAGGUAAAGGUUUCCCUACAGUAAGUUUAUGAGGAUUAUGAUACAUUGUUUCAUGGAGUUUGAUGAGCUGUUUCCUAUCAUUAUUCUCUAGCUUUCCUCUAUUCAUACCAGUAGUUACUUAGGAUAAAAGAAAUUGUUUUGAGAGUACAACUUUGUUAAGACUCCACAGCAGAGACUGUCAUUGAUAAACUUCUGUCACUUUUUAGGUGCUUUCCCCUUUGGUCAGAGUAGUUCUCAAAUGGAAAAAAAUAAGGUUAAGAAGUAGUGUUUGUUUAUAGCCAGUUACAGACUCUAAAGCACAUCAAUCCCUCAGCUUUUCUCAAGAGAAAUUAAAACUGAGCAUUUAUAAAACAUCUCAUUUUAUGAGAUCUUUUAUCAGAUGAUUUUUUAAAAAAUAACAUCUCUAGUAACUCAUGUAAACAUCAGAGGACAAAGAUUAAAGAGAACUAGACCCAACUGCCUGUGAAGACAGAGAAGUCAUUUAAUCUCACAGUACAGCAACUUCUUCAAAUUGGUAUUAUUCCUCACCUGAAUCUUAGGAGGUAACAGAUGUGGCAAACAUUCUAAGAUAUGAAGUUUUUUUUAUAUUAUCGAGUUAUCAAAUUACCAUUUAUCCCAUAAGACUUGCUCUCUCCCCUGAAGUCCUUCACUCAUCUAACACAAGCACACAUGGACCUCUCAAGGUAUAGAAGGCACCUCCCAACUGUGGACACAAUUCACAGUAUUGGUGGCCUAGUAACUAUUCUUACAUUGCAACCUUUGAAGCUAGGAUUAAGUAAAUUCUUAAAACUGAAUUUGCAGUUUGAUUUUUUAAAUUCUGUAAACAUUCAUUCACUGUAUUCUAAAUGUUGGGAGGAAGAAAACCUGAAUCUAAACCCAUUUAUACCCAUUCUUUCCUUAGGUGAGUCAAUAUUUAAGGAUUGUCUCCUCCUCUGGAAGUUUGACUUCCUGAGUCAAAGGAAAGCUUAUUUCCUGCUGAGAUACUAAUUGAUAACGGCAUUAAGUUUCAAAGAUACAGACAACACAGUCAAUUCAAACAAAUGCAAAAGUGAUUAAGACAUUAAUAUUCUUUCUGGCUGGCCAAUUCAAAUAGUAAAAUUUUAGAUAUUUUUCUUGUCUUUUUGUUCCAACUGCAUCCUUCCUCCAACCUUAGCAGCUUUUAUUUUCCAAGAAUUUUUUACAUUAGUCUGAGAACCACUGGAGAAGGGAACAGCUACCCACUGCAGUCUUCUGGCCUGGAGAGCUACAGUCCAAAGGGUCGAAAAGAUUCAGACACAACGGAGUGACUUUCACUUGAGGGCCACUUAGUUAUCAGGCUUGAGGCUAUACAUGAUUACAGCAACUAGUUUUUUAAUCCUAGAUUAUCAGUUGAGCAACUCAACAUCCAAGGUUUUGAAAAAGAAAUCCAUAUUCAGUCAUAAGAACAGACUUGGAAUUAAGAUUUUUUUCUUGUCCUGUGUUUUGAUUAUCUUGUAUUCAGUUUAAGUCUUUACAUUUAGUACUUAAUGUAUCUUUUAAACUUGUCACCUUGAGUCACUCUUUGCAACUCUAUGGUCCCGCCAUGGGGUUCUCCAGGCAAUACUGGAGUGGGUUGCCAUUCCCUUCUCUCCAGGGGAUCUCACCGGGUCUCCUGCAUUGCAGGCAGAUUCUUUACCAUCUAGCCACCAGGGAAGAGAAGGUUAUCAAGAGUAAAGCCCCUAAUUCAAUGCUGUCCUCCCUUUUUUGCCACCUGGAAUUUUACUAGUCUUUAAGCCAUCAUCAUACAUGAGUCCCUAGGUACAUAUUUUAAUCUGGCUCAUGCUGUUACACCUUUCAGGUUUUUCUUAAAUUCAUUUCAAAAUCAUAAAUGGGGAUUUUCCUGGUGGACCAGUGGCUAAGAUUCCAUGCUCCCAAUGCAGGGGGUCUGGGUUCAAUCCCUGGUCAGGGAACUAGAACCCACAUACCACAUCUGAACAGCCUUUGCCACAACGUAGAUCCUGCAUUACCAAAUACAUGUGUUUUUUUUUUUCUUUAAUCAAAAAAAAUGAUAAAGAGUCAGUUAGGAACUGUUGGCAGCUUUUGACAGGAUCUUUUAAUUUACCUUUCGAAACUUGAAGAACAUCUUAAAAUGUAGUUUACUUUGUGUAUUGUUGCAUUCUCCACAUUCACUUCAACAACCCUUUCACUACCAAGUCUGAUAUAUAUGAAGUAUCACAAUUAUGGUGUUUAAAGAGCCUCUGGAAAUUGAGGUCAGUAAAUUAUGACUAGGUGUUUUAAUUCUCAAUGUAAUUUAUUCCGAAUAAACUGGAUUAUGCUGACUAUUUAUAUUCAAUUUAAAGAACUGUGGAAUCUGAAUGUUUGGUGUUUUAACUGGGUUCUGCCAACAUCACAUCCCUCCAUCCUCCCAAACUGCAUGCCAAGUGGGCAAUUUACUCCCAAGUACGUUUUCUCAUUAGAAAAUGUGGGCUGCUACAGCUCAAAACUGAGGAUGCACUUACAUGCUCAUCCAUGCACGGAAAGCUUUGCUCAACCACAUCUAAAUUAUUAAACUGAAGUAACACCUUAGCUACAACCAGACUGCCAACAGUUACCCUUGAAAGUCUCCACACUUCACUUCCGGUGUCACACACUCCCACUGCUGCUACCACUGCCUAUAUACCGACACUCUUCAGUACGAACACCUCUAUCCCUCUGCAACAGUGCCACUUGAAAGUUUCAACCCUCAAAUUCAAUGUUUAAGUUCUGUCAAUACCUUAAAAACAUCUUUCGAGGUCCAUUACUGUUACUCAAUCUCCACAACCUGAAAUCUCCCUGGCAAUUUGGGAACCAAUCACUCAGUAAACAGCCAUAUGCAAGACACUGUUCUAAGAACUUGGAAUACCCCAGGGUAGACAAGAUCACACCCACCAUGAAGGUUAGCCUCUUAGCAGGAAAAAAGUACAUAAUUAAUACCCAACAAUUAUAAACAUUAUCGACAAAAACUGGAGCAGGGCAUGCUAGGAUGGACAUGAGGAAUGAGCACAACAGGCUUCACUGAGAACAUCUGACUACUAACCUGUCACUCAAAGAAAAAGACAACUUAAUCAUCCAACGCCAACCCCAAAGCUCAUCUCAAAAUAACUCAAAGCAAAAUCUUUAUUUACAAUUUCACCCAUCUCUUAAAAAUUUAACUUAUCAUCAAACCAAUGAUUAACUCAAUAUAAAAUUAA